GUCUAAUGUAGCAACUGUGGCAUACCAGAAGAUAUUAACCAAGAUCUUAACGUGGAAUCUCCCUCCCUCAUUUGCAAAUAAAAACCAAAAGCAGGCUUUUGUGGUCCCCAAACAAUGCAGCCUCUGGAAUAGGCAACUAAGAUUCAAAAAAAGAAAAAGUAAUUUCGUCAAACACGUAGAGAGAUAGAGAGAGAUGCUUCUUGGUCAGUUACAGAGCUCUUAUCCAUGGAUUUUGCCACCUCGAGUGCCGAAACUAAAUCAUAUGAUCUCUCCAUCUUCUACAAAGCGGAGAUCAGUGCCAUGCCACAUUAAAUGGAUGAAAUCUUCGACAAUAAAUUCAUGUAGUUUCAGAGUACACUGUGGUGCAAAUUGGGAAGGCAAUUCUCGGAGGCAGGGGGAUAAGUUUAAUUGUUCUUCUUGCAAGGAUAUUUCAGAGGAUUCGAAUACCAAAUUCUUGAGAAUGAGGCAAUAUAGUAGUUUUCAGGAUUAUGAAGCUAAACUUGUGAUUGAAUCUAUUUCAUCAUAUUGCAUAUUCAGAUUUGCACAGUUAAAUUUAGUAAAUACAUUGAUAAAGAUGGUUCAAGACUCAAUUCCGUCUUUGGUUUUGACCUUUGGAGCUACAAGCUCACCUUUUGCUUGUAUUUCUAAUUCCUUGAAUAAACCAACACCACUUGGUUUGGAUGUUUCCUUCCCUUCGUUUCAAGAUCUCAAGUGGAGCUUAGCACGUUUGCUCUAUUUGUUCAACAUCCAACUUGAGAGAAAUGUGGCAACGUUCUUUGUAGUACUCCUUGUGGCUUGCUUCUCAUUUGUUGUCAUUGGCGGUUUCCUAUUUUUCAAGUUCAGGGGUAGUACACAAUCUCUGGAGGACUGCUUCUGGGAAGCUUGGGCAUGUCUGUGUUCAUCAUCUACUCAUCUGAAGCAAAGAACACGCGUUGAACGUGUUAUUGGCUUUAUUCUUGCCAUAUGGGGUAUACUGUUCUACUCUCGGCUAUUGAGUACAAUGACAGAGCAAUUCAGGAAUAACAUGCAAAGGCUCAGGGAAGGUGCACAAAUGCAAGUUCUUGAGACUGAUCAUAUCAUAAUUUGUGGAGUAAACAGUAAAUUGUCUUUCAUACUAAAGCAGCUAGAUAAGUAUCAUGAGUUUGCUGUCCGCUUAGGUAUUGCUACAGCCAGGAAGCAGAGAAUUCUUCUCAUGUCUGACCUUCCAAGGAAGCAGAUAGACAAGCUAGCUGAUAAUUUUGCCAGAGAUUUUAACCAUAUUGAUAUACUCACUAAGAGUUGCAGCCUUAGCCUGACGAAAUCAUUUGAAAGAGCUGCAGCUGAUAAAGCACGUGCUGUAAUUAUAUUGCCAACAACAAAAGGGGAUCGGUAUGAAGUUGAUACCAAUGCUUUUCUAUCCGUGCUAGCCCUUCAACCUAUUAUGAAGAUGGAUUCUGGUCCCACCAUUGUUGAGGUCUCAAACUCCAAUACAUGUGAUCUCUUAAAGUCAAUUUCAGGGGUGAAAGUUGAACCAGUGGAGAAUGUCGUAUCCAAAUUAUUUGUUCAGUGCUCUCGGCAGAAGGGGCUGAUAAAAAUCUACAGACAUUUGCUUAAUUAUCGAAAAAAUGUAUUUAAUCUUUGCAGUUUCCCUAAUCUAGCUGGAAUUAAGUAUAGGAAACUAAGACGUGGAUUUCAAGAGGUGGUUGUAUGUGGUCUUUACCGGAAUGGGAAAAUAUAUUUCCACCCAAGUGAUGAUGAAAUCUUGCAACAAACUGACAAAGUUUUGUUCAUUGGACCUGUUCAUGGGAGAAGGAGACCGGAAAUUGCAUAUUCUAGUGUUUUCAAAGAAGGAACGUCUUUUAUAAACAAUCUCAAAGUAGAAGAAGACAAUGAAGAAAUAAAUCAUGCCAUUGAAUUGCGAAAGACACGGCUUGAAAAUAUCGUGACGCGUCCCAACAAAUCGGGCUCAAAGGCAUCAGAUUCAUCUCCGGGACCAAAAGAAUGCAUACUUCUACUUGGAUGGCGUCCAGACAUUGUAGAAAUGAUUGAAGAGUAUGAUAAUUAUCUGGGACCUGGAAGCGUAUUGGAAAUUUUGUCAGAUGUGCCUUUAGAUGACAGACAAAGGGCAAGCAACAGUUAUAGUCAAAUACAACUCAAACACGUCCAAGUUUCCCACAGGAUUGGAAAUCCCAUGGAUCAUGAUACCUUAAAGGAAACAAUUAUCAAUAUUCAAAAGUCUUAUCUUAAAGGACUAAAUAUUCCAUUAUCCAUUGCUGUGAUAUCAGAUAGAGAAUGGCUUCUUGGAGAUCCAGCCAGGGCAGAUAAGCAGUCCGCAUUUUCCCUUCUCCUUGCUGAAAAUAUCUGCGAUAAACUUGGAGUUAAGGCCCAAAAUCUAGUUGCGGAGAUUGUUGACUCAAAAUUAGGCAAACAGAUUACAAGAAUCAAACCAUCCCUGACUUACAUAGCAGCGGAGGAAGUAAUGAGCCUUGUUACAGCUCAAGUGGCGGAGAACAGUGAAUUGAAUGAGGUGUGGAAAGACAUUCUGGAUGCUGAGGGCGAUGAGAUAUAUAUUAAGGAUAUUAGCCUAUACAUGAAAGAGGGGGAGACUCCUUCAUUCUUCGAACUCUCUGAAAGGGCAUUUUUGCGGCGAGAGGUAGCUAUUGGCUACGUCAAAGAUAAUAAAAAGGUUAUCAAUCCGAUUUCCAAAUCAGAAUCCCUCUCACUUGGAAUGUCAGACUAUUUAAUUGUUAUAUCUGAGCUUGAAGGGGAACAACCUAUCAUCUAUAAAGACAGGGUGUCUUUAAGCAGAAAUGUAGACAGCUGACAAUUGGAAGGCUUCUCACCAAAGGAACUACAGCUGAGUUAGAGGUUCAGUUGGUUGGAUGGCUUAAGUUUCAUAUUUUACUCUCAGCGCUUGUUGUAAUGUAAGUUAAUUGACUUACGAGCCUCACGAGCAUCACGAUCAUCACUUGGCAAUCGACAAUUGUAUGACAGCUCCAAAACAAUGGGUGUAGCUAAACUUGAUCAAGUGGAUAAUGGAUCUAGCUAAACAUGAUAAAAUGGACAGGUCGUCGGAAUGUCAUGCGCAGCAAUUCAGCAGAUUUUGUGUUUCUUGAGAGUUGAAACCCAGUCCCAAGUGUCUUCUAUUUUCACGCAUGUAUAUUGUUUGGUAGUGCAGCAAAAAUUUGUAUCCAUUAAUAAUUUACCCGCAGGAAGCACUGUAGGUAUUUGAUUUAGAGUUUUUUGUGCUGCUGAUAAUUAUUUCUAACUAUACAACUGAAUUUAUUCCUUUAGUAAAAUGUAACAAUCAUCAUUGAUCUAAUCUCAAUUAGUCAAGAAUUUUAUCA